CUACCUUUCUCAAUUUCAACCAAAACCUAUAGAUGAACUAACCUUUCAAAAAGGUAAAUUUCAGGGACUCUAUGAAAUAAAUACUUUAUAAAAUUACUCAAACGUUGCAUUUAUUGGAACCGUGGUCAAAAAGAUAAAAAAAUUGAAGGGAAUUUUACUUUUCAUAAAUCAUCACAAUGGCAGGUUUUGGCAACAUUGAUGAGAUGUCAAAAGAUGAAUUGGCUGGAAAAUCAUAUGAAGCUUUAUUAUACUUGAUGAAUAGUAAAAAGAAAAGAAAACCCGAGAAGGUUUCUGAAGGCGACGACUUGCCAAAGCAUAAAGAAAAAAAGAACAAAGUCAUUGAAAAGUUGGAUGAGCCAGACACAAACGAAGAAGAAAAUGAAACCAAUGAAGAAAAGGAAAUAAUUGAUGCUCUUGUUCGUGAGGGUGUGGAUAAUCCGAACUCUUUACUUGAUGACCAAAAGGAAAAUGAAUCAUCUCAAGACCCUUUUUAUCGUCAUUUUGAUUCUCAAGAUAUGAAAGUCAUUAAUGACUCAAUUUCUUGCAUAAAGGCCAUGAAGUUGUCUCAGUCGUCUGAGGAAACAAAACUCGGGAUUUCUCAAAUUUUUACACCAGAUAUAGAAGAGAAAGUUUCAAAUUAUUGCAUACCCAAGAGCGAUAACGUUUCUGAUUUGGGUCUAAAACAGCGAAUCUUGGAAGCUUAUAAGUCGCAUAAACCAUCCGGACAUUUAACUACUAUGCAAACGGAAAUUGCCAAACACAUGUUUAAUUACCAAGAUGUGUUUUUCACCAACAUGAACAUUAAGAGUCAUAAACUUAUUGUUUCUUUGUAUGCUUUGCAUGCUCUCAAUCAUGUUUUCAAGACAAGAGACCGCAUCUUAAAGAACAGUGCCAGACUAUCUCAAAACCCUGAGUUAGAGUUUCGAGAUCAAGGAUACACUCGACCAAAGGUAUUGGUUCUUUUACCUACAAGAAAUAGCUGUUUAGAGUUUAUAAAUACUCUUAUAUCUUACUCAGGAGCUGAUCAAGUGGCUAAUCGUAAGCGCUUUGAGGAUGAUUUCACAAUUGAGAAGGAAGUUAUCUCUGAAAAGAAACCCGAAGAUUUCCGUUAUUUGUUCGCAGGUAAUACUGACGAUAUGUUUCGUAUUGGCGUCAAGUUUACAAGGAAAACUAUCAAACUGUUUUCUCAAUUUUACAACUCUGAUAUUAUUGUUGCUAGUCCAUUAGGUUUACGAUUGGCAAUUGGAAAUAAAGGUGAUAAGAAACGAGAUUUGGAUUUUUUGAGCUCUAUUGAGGUUUCGAUUAUUGAUCAAGCCGAUUCUUUAGACAUGCAAAAUUGGGAGCAUAUAGAAUGUAUUUUUGAUGAAAUCAAUAACUUGCCCAGAGAAGCUCAUGAUUGUGAUUUCAGCCGUGUACGACCAUGGUAUCUGGAUCAACAGGCCAAAUAUAUGCGACAAACUCUUUUGUUUUCUCAAUACAAUGCUUUGGAUAUCAACUCGUUUUUUUCUCAUUACAUGUUGAACGUUGCAGGAAAAGUCAAGUUUCGUACUUUACACCGUGGAGUUUUGAAUCAAUUAGGUUACAAAAUUAAGCAGACCUAUGUUCGUGUAUCUAGUGACUCUAUUAUAAAGCUGCCUGAUGCUCGUUUCUCCUACUUUGUCAACUCAGUCUUGCCUCAGCUCGUCAAAAGUCCCCAGGGUGGCAUUUUAGUAUAUGUUCCUUCCUACUUUGAUUUUGUGAGAAUACGAAAUCAUAUGGAUGAGGAAGCGGUAAGUUACAGUGCCAUUUCUGAAUACUCUAGUACAUCCGAUCUUACUAGAGCUCGUACUUUAUUUUAUCAGGCAAAGAGUAAGAUCAUGUUAUACACUGAGCGUGCUCAUCAUUUCCGUCGUUUUGAUAUCCGUGGAGUAAAGGCUGUUGUUAUGUAUGCUCCUCCUACAAAUCCUCAGUAUUAUGUGGAGUUAGCUAGAAUGCCAAUGCGUUCAAUUACCGAAGGAAAGUUAGAUCAGGAUGCUGCAAAAUGUAGGAUACUUUUUUCAAAAUAUGAUUCCAUUAGCCUUGAAGGAAUUGUUGGUUUCCAACGGGUUCCUAACAUGUGUCAUGGAAGACAUGAAGUUUUCGAGUUUGUUUAACGAUCGAAGGGAAAAAGCAUGCUAAAGAAAAGAUCUAAAGCUUAGACUGCUGGAUCUGAAUUGAAAUGUCACAUUCGCCAGCCCAGAAGAUAUGUUUGGUCUAGUAUAAAGACAAUUUUCAAAUGUUAGCGAACCGGCUUGAUUCGUCGAGUUUCUAUAAAUUAUAUAGAUUGUAUAUUACCUAGGUAAAGGAAUGGUUCUAGCAAUAUCAAUUAAUAAGUGGUG